ACCAUUCCAAAUAGUCCAGUCAUGAACUUAAGUACUAACACAACUCCCUUAAUUAGUGCCAGCAACUCAUUCACUAAUUUAUCAAAUUUUUUCAUGACUCCUGCAAGUAACCAGCAACAACAACACCAUCAACAUCCUCCUAGAAAUACAAAUACAACCCCUCCAUCCUCCGUUAAAACCAAUUCCCAUCUACAAACUCCAAAACUAUCGCCAUCGUCAAAUGGUGCCAUUGAGCAUCAAAAUAAAAACUCUGACGCCUUACCCUCAUUAAGAAGCUUAAAAUUAGAUUUACCAACUAAUUUAAGUAUGCCUAGUUUACCCGAUGCUAAUAUUGGCUUAACCGAUAAACAAAAGUCUAAUCCCCAUCAUUAGCCUGCUAUUUUGCUACUUUACUAAUCUGGGGAAUCGGUUAAAGCGGCCAGUUACCAGUCCCUUCACAUGCCCUGUGAUUUCAGUAUAUCCCCGGGGGUUUUCCCUCUAUAUAUAUUUCUCUGUACAUUACCUACUCUUGUUCUGUUUGUUAUUUACCCUCUAUUUGCUUCUCUAUUGCAACCUAAUCUUCUUUCCCAUGUAUUAAUCUUUCCUUCUCUACAUAAUAUAAUAGUUCUCAUCGUAUCUUUGGCUCAUUUAGUGCGUAGCAGCGUUUCUUUUUUUGUUUGUUCUGUUUAUUUCGCAGCUUGUAAAAGCCGAACGAUGGACUAAAGGAUGU